AUGCCGUAUACGACGCUCCCUCCCCCGUCGUUUGAAUCCAUUCCUCCCGGCAGUCGUCAUCGACGCCAUGAUUCUGAUUUUCUGGUGGAUCCUUUACUAAUCACCAACACUUCCAACCAUUCCAAUCAUGACGACGACUAUUACAACCACAAUCACAAUCCAAUAAGCAUGACGACAGUCCGACAACGGGGUCGUAUUUUGGAUCGUGAUGCGGACUUUUAUCAAUCGCGAGGACGUUGGAGUGGCGUCGAAUUGUUACCACGAGCAUCGGGUCGUCGCAAUCGAUCGUCACUUUCGGUUGGCAUUCAUCCCAGUCGACGCCGCGUGCCGUGCUGUGGCAACUGCAAACGCGUCUUGCGACAAUGGAUGCCUCGACUGUGGGAAGAUUGGUUCCAUACACUGGCGUAUCAACGGACGUUGGUGCUCAUGAGCAUUUUAUUCAUUACCUAUUUUGCCAUUGUGGCGGGAUUUGCUUCCAUCUACCUACUGGUCAGUCUGUUGGGAGCCAAGCCAGAGGAACAGCCCGAUGGAAGUGUCAUUACCAAAACUUUUUGUGACAUGGAUGUCACCAAUCAUAUGGAAGCACUCUAUUUCUCAUUGUCAACUAUGACUACAAUUGGCUAUGGGGUAUCCGAUUACUACUUUGGUGGUUGCUGGACACCCUUGUUGCUCGUGCUCGUGCAAGUGUGUACCGCCAUUACCUUUGAUGCGUGUGCUGUGGGAUUGUUGUUUACCAGACUCUCGCGAGGACGCAAGCGAAGCAAGACGGUCGUCGUAUCCAAUCAAGCGGUGGUACAAGUAGUGCAAGGAAUACCCUACUUUAUGUUGCGGGUGGGCGAAUUGAGGCGCUUUCCUCUCAUUGAUGCUUCGGUCAAGUUGUUUUGCAUUCGACAUGAACGUUUGCCGAGAUUGUAUCCAUCCAUUACUGCGGCAAAUAUUGCUGCUGCUGCUGAGGGAGACACCCAUCGAACCGUGUCCUCGUCCUCCACAUCCCCACAACAACAACGACAGUCCAAUGACAACAACAAUAGAGAUGAGACCAAUGCACUGCAAUCCAUCCCAACAACUACAACAAACCCGCAAUCCAAAGGAAAUGUUCCUCCUCCAGCAGUAGUCCCCGUCGACACGACACACUUUGUGACACGACACAUGAAAGUAUUGCAUCCCGACGAUGAUACUACCACCCAUUCCAAUCACAUUCUCAUGAGUUUGCCACAAGUCAUGGUCCAUCGUAUGGAUGAUACAUCUCCACUGGUGCCACCCGCCGAAUGGUACGAUGCGCGGGGACGACACCACCAAUAUCCACCGCACAAUCCCGAUCGUUGGCUCGAUAUGAAUCAAAAAGCCGUACAAGACUUUUGGAACGAUCGAGCCAUUGAAAUUGUUGUGUUGGUGGAAGGAACGGAUGAAUUGACGGGAGCCGCCAUUCAAGCGCGACAUUCCUACAGUGCCGCCAGCAACAACUGUAAUAACCACAACAACAAUACUACUACCAUGAGUGACCAAGAGAUGGAAGAAGAAGAAGGAGAUGUGGUAUGGAAUCGAGCAUUUGCCAGUUGCAUUCUACCGUAUCGGCCAGAAGAUGCAUUGGACUACGAUGAUGAUGUGGAAAGUAUCACACAAUCGUCACGGUAUCGACGGAACCAUUAUCCAGUUUGUACGGUCGAUUUUGAACGGUUUCAUGAUACUGUACCGGUUCCAAGAGAUUGCUUUGCAUCUCCCUAUUUACCGAGCUAA